AUGUCGUUAACCCGAUUGCGAGUGCCUUUGGCUCGGGUUCUCCAAGCCAGGCUGUACUCGCAGAAGCCAGUCUAUCCCGAAUUACAGCCGCUGGAUUACACCCCUGAAGGCGACCCCAACUACGUCAAGUUGAUCCUUACUCUGAGAGUGUAUGACGUCGUUGAAGAAGGUGGUCUGCCUCUUACCAAAGCAGUCAACUUGCUGCACAAGUGUAACACGAACGUGUACCUCAAACGAGAGGAUUUAUUGCCAGUAUUCUCUUUCAAGUUGAGAGGGGCCUACAAUAUGAUCGCCAACUUACACCUGCGACUGAAAAAGCCUAUACUGGGGGUUAUCGCCUGCUCCGCCGGGAACCACGCUCAGGGUGUUGCCUAUCUGGCAAACAAGCUUAACAUUCCCCUGACUAUCGUAAUGCCCACUGCCACCCCCUCCAUCAAAUAUACUAAUGUGCUGCGUUUAGGCUCUCAAGUGGUGUUGUAUGGUGAUGAUUUCGAUUCCGCUAAACAAGAGUGUGACCGGUUAUCUUCGCUCAAUAACUUGAUCAACAUCCCUCCGUUUGACCACCCGUUGGUUGUCGCAGGGCAAGGCACUGUUGCUCUUGAAAUCACCCGUCAAAUCCGUCUCGAUAAGCUUACUGCUAUCUUCGUCCCCGUUGGCGGUGGUGGUUUGAUUGCCGGUAUUGCUGCAUACAUUAAGGAAAUUGCUCCUCAUGUCAAGGUCAUUGGCGUGGAAACUUUUGACGCCGAUGCGCUCUACCAAUCUCUUGAGCAACGCAAACUGGUAACUCUUGACCGCGUAGGUAUGUUUGCCGAUGGUACAGCUGUGAGAGUGCUCGGUAACGAAACUUGGCGCCUUUGUGAAAACUUGGUUGAUGAAGUUGUUCGUGUGUCGACGGACGAGCUUUGUGCUGCGAUCAAGGAUGUCUUUGAAGAUACUAGACUGAUUGUCGAACCUCUGGGUGCCUUAUCUGUGGCAGGUCUCAAAAGAUAUGUGGCUGAACAUGGUGACAUUGACCACUCGCAAGAAACAUACGUUCCCGUUCUCUCUGGUGCUAACAUGAAUUUCGACCGCCUUCGGUUUGUUUCAGAAAGAGCUGUGUUGGGGUCGGGCAAGGAAGUUCUGUUGGUGGUUACUAUCCCUGAAAAACCUGGUGAAUUCGCUAAGUUGCAGAGCAUCAUCAACCCUCGCCCUAUCACUGAAUUCAGUUACCGUCACAACGGAACUGACACAGCCAACAUUUACUUGUCGUUCACUGUUACUGACCACAAGAAGGAAUACAGCGAAAUAGUUGACUCCAUGCGUGAGCAUGGCUUUGAUGUUGUUGAUAUCUCUGACAAUGAAGUUGCAAAGUCACACGGGAGAUAUCUCGUGGGUGGCCGCCCUCCUCUGCAAGCUAACGAACUUUUGCAACAUGAACGUGUAUACCAGUUUGAAUUCCCUGAACGUCCUGGGGCUCUUUACAAAUUCCUUCAAGCUCUCAAGCUGGGUUGGUCCAUCUCCUUAUUUCACUACCGUAAUCAUGGUCAUGAUGUUGCCAAGGUUCUUGCUGCUUUCAUUCUCCCUAAGGGCGAGGAAAAUGAACUCCAGCAAUUUUUGGACACCGUUGGUUACAAGUAUCAAGACGAACUGGAUAACAUUGUGUUCAAGAAGUUUUUGACUAAUAACGAAAGGUAUGCUUCGGAAGUUGAAACUAAAUAA